CAGUGAUCCGGCCGCUCCACUUCCUGAUACACCUGUUUGUCAGGUAGGAUCCCUGCCCUCAGUCUGCAGCCACGGCGGAGAGACUGAGUCAUGAAAAACUAGACUAUGGACGGAAUUUUACCGAAACUUUGACGCGCCUUGGAGUUUUUUGUAUCGUUGUACGUGGGAACCCCAUAGACAUCUGAAAAUGCGUCGACCGUGCCAAAGGAAUACUGCUGUACAUGUCGUCUGGCUGUAUUUGAUCGGCUUUUUCGCUCCUUCCCUAGUCUCCUCCAUCACAGUGAGGACGCCAGCAGAGCUCCAUGCAUCCAGAGGGGACGCCGUUACAUUGUCCUGCACUUUCACUUCCUCCAGUAGGCCGACCAGUAAGAUGACUGUCGACUGGUCUUACAGGCCCCAGAGUGGAGGGCCGCCACAGACGUUUUUCCACUUCUCCUCACGGGCGUUCCCUCCGCUUGAUGGUCAGUUUAAGGGUCGUAUCAGUUGGCAGGGGAGUCCGGCACGCGGGGAAGCCUCCAUCACUCUGAUCAACGCCACAUUGAAAGAUAAUGGGACCUACACAUGCUCAGUCAGGAAUCCUCCUGAUGUCCACGGGUCCCCGAAUUCACAAACUGUACUCAGUGUCACACCCAGAGCACCAAGCGUUCGCUUCUCGGAUGUUGCGGUCCUCCUGGUCUUCAUCCUCCUCCCCUCAGCCAUCAUCACCCUCAUCCUAAUUGGGCGGAUGCUCUGCCCAAAGAAACAGCGCAACCAAUCAAAGUCCUAUAGAUCACCCAUAGAGGUCACAGAGGGGGACGAGUAUGGCAUCCAACCCUGGGGGGCCAAAGCAAAGAAGGCUACAUGCUGUGACCUAUAUCUUAUGGACUCAGAGGAUGAAGAUGGUUACUACAACCUAAAAAAGAAGCCCCCUGUGGAUGAAGAGUACGCUGAGUCUCAUUGCUAGGGAACCCUGAAGGUUGGGAGGUGUAACUGCAACAGCUUAACCUGCCGGUGCUCUAAAUAUGGGAGGUACUGCAAGUAAAAUUAUAGAUUCAUGUCUUCCUUCUGCAGUCAACCAAGUAUGGGGGAGGGGGGCACUUUGAGAUAAUGUAUAUGUUUGUCUUGAGAUAAUCUACAAUAUGCAUCUCAAACAUUCAUAUUUAUUCCAUGAAAUUGUCUAUAAUUUGGUUUACCUGUUGCUUGUAAGCUCACAAGUUCCCCAAGUCUUCCCAGGGGCCUUUCCACUAUUUUUAUACAACUGACAUGUAAAGAAAUAGAAGUCCUUAUUUUGAAAUUGUGGAGCAUUUUGUGAUAUGAUUUGUUUAUUCUAGCUGUACAGAUAUGCAGAUGGUAACAUUAGGUCUGACCCUGCACACAUGAAGUGGCAAACCCACAGAGGAGCACUAUGUUUGUAUUUAUAUGAGGUUGAUUUACUUGUGUCACUUUCUUAUUGUGAAGGAGAUAAAAACGUAUUGUCUAAUUUAUUGCCUUUGUCAGAACGGCUUUAUGAAAUUUUCUUGAUGUCUGUGUUUGAACAUUUCUGUUCUAUUCUCUAUAUUUUGACAGAAAAUCCUUAGCUUGUUUUUGGACAUCAGCUGUGACAACUUAGUACUAUUUAUGCAAAAUCUUGUGUACGAUAUUCCUAUAUUUUCAGUGUCUGUACAUUACUGAACUGUGUCAUUUCAACAACAGCAGUCAACAUGUCACAUUAGUGUAUUUGGGGAUAUCUGACUUUUGAAACAGUCUUAUCUGGAUGAGGUUUUUUUUUUUAAUAGUCUUGGUUUUCGAUGCACAGCUUUGCUUUGUUAUCAAAUAUAUUUUUUGCCUAAGUAGUUUGAGAGUGGAUUUUUUGGCUUUGUGAGAGGGUGAACAUGACUUUUUAAAAAGAUGCUUCCAAAGAUAAAUAAAUCUUGUUCAUUAAACUGGGACAGUUUGUUGGUAAAGCAGAUAGCAUACAGCCAGCAUUUGUUCCACUGCCAUCUCUUUGUUUGGUCUGCACUAUUCAUAAAUGUUGUUGAAUAUUCCUUCUUAAACUGUAAGGACACGCCACAGUCUGGGAGCUUCACUCACAAAUUGUGGCAGCAUCUGUUUCAUCUACGCAGUCGUGGGACUGGAGAGUCAUCAAAAGACUUAAUAAAAAAGCCGCCAAUGAAACACAGCAAAAGA